AUGGUUAUGAUGGCAAUAAAGAAUAGAUUGUCAUCAUUGGAAUGUAUUGGUGAAAAAUUGAAACAAGAUAGAAAAUUUGUAAAGAAGGCAAUUAAAUUGGCAAAACGUGUUGUCAAUCCUUUACAAUAUUUUAAAGAUUUUCAAGAUGAUGAAGAAAUUUGCAAAAUGGCAGUCAAGUGUAAAGGAAGUUCUUAUGAGAGUGUAUCUGAUAGAUUAAAGAAUGAUGAAACUAUUAUACAAGAUGCACUUUCAUCUGCUGGAUCUAGUAUUCAACAUGUUCCACAUCAUUUAAUUAAUAGAGAGCUAGUUUUGUUGGCACUUAAAUCAGCUCCAUUUUGUUUCCAAUUCAUUCCACCAGAAUAUAAGAAUGAUAAUGAAUUGAUAUUAAUUACUGCUAAAAAUAAUCCAUAUAUAUUGAAACAAUUACCAAAUCUGUUGAAUGAAAGAUCAUUUGUAUUGGAGUUGGUUAAAUUAAAUGGAGUUUGUAUUCAAUUUUUAUCAGAGGAAUUAAAGAAUGACAGAGAAAUUGCUAUAGAGGCCACAAAAGAAAAAUUCAACUCAGGAUUUAGGUUUUUAAGUGAUGAAUUUAGAAAAGAAAGAGAGUUGGCUUUGAUGGCUGUAAAAUCAGAUUUUUAUAAUCUGAAGCACGUUUCCAAUGAAUUGCAACAAGAUAAGGAAUUUGUGAGAAUUUGUAUUAAAUCCAAGACAGAUUUAACAAGUUACAUGGCUAAUGAUACUUAUGAUUCAAUUAGAAUUAAUGAUAGGGAAUUUUUAUUUGAAAUUAUAGAAAAAUUUUAUAAUUAUUCAGAAUAUAAGUUGUAUUUGAGUAGCGGUAAGGAGAUUGUUGAGAGAUUUUUAAAAGUGGAUCCAAAUUGCUUUCAGUGUUUUGAUUUACUUCAUAAUGAAAGAAGUAUUGUAAUGGAGCUGAUACCACACAGUAUUGAUAUUUUGAAACUUUCAUCAGUGGAAUUAAGGAAUGAUAGAGAAAUUAUUAGAAAGGCCAUUUGUUUUCAUGAUGGAGCUUUGGAAUUUGCAUCAAAUGUUUUGCAAAACGAAAGAGAAAUUGUAUUAGAGGCAAUUUAUUACAAUUCAACAAAUUACAAAUAUGCUUCCGAAGAAUUGAGGAAUGAUAGAGAAAUAUUAGAAUACGUUCUUGUAAGAAACGGUAAUUUGAUUGCCUAUGCAUCCGAAACUUUACGAAACGAUAAGAAUUUGGUAAUGCUAGCCCUUAAAAAUUCCACGCAAAAUAUCUCAAAAUAUAUCGGAUACAAACUAAAGCGAGAUAGAGAAGUAGUUUUAGAAUGUGCUAAGAGAUAUCCAUGCCUUGAUGUAAUUUCCUUAGAUUUCAGAUUUGAUAGAGAAAUAGUUUCACAAGUUAUUCAAAAAUAUGGAGAGGAAUUUAAAUUUGCUUGCGAAUCUAUUCGCAAUGACAAGAAUUUGGAAUUAAUUGCCCUUACUAAUGGAUUAUCUCUGAAAUAUAUCAAAUCUCAACAAGAUAGAGAACUAGUAAUGUACUCUGUAAAAUAUUCUGGAGAAAAUCUUCAAUAUGUAAAUGAAGAAUUCAAAAAUGAUGAAGAUAUUACUUUAAUAGCUAUGGAAACAUCCAAUGGAAAUGCGUUAGAAUUUGCGAGUGAAAGAUUUAAAUCUGAUAAGGAUUUAAUUAGGAAAUACAUCAAAACAAAUGAACAUGUACUCAAAUAUGUUUCACAGAAUUUACUUUCUGGUAGGAAGUUUAUUAAGGAAAUGUUAUCAAUUAAUGGACUUGCAUUACAAUUUCUUCCCAAUAGGAUGAGAAGAGACAGAGAGAUUGUGUUGCACGCCAUUAAAUCAAAUGGAGAUGCCCUUCCAUUUGCACUUGGGGGUUUAACUAAGGAUUGCGAAUUACGCACAAUUGCAUUUUCAAAUGGAUUGAAAUUUAAAGCACGUUUUGGCUUCGAUGAUCUAAACAAGGAAUUGAUAUUGGAUAUUGUAAAAACAAAUCCAAAAAUGCUGAAUAUAAUUUUAGCUAUGAAAAAAGAAUUUAGGAACGAUCCAGAUAUUAUUCAAAGUGCUGUAAAAAUAGAUUUGGAAUAUUUGGACUAUUGUGCAACUUAUGGAAAAUUGAAAACGGAUCGAAAUUUUAUUUUACAACUCGAAACAAAUGAAUUUAAUUUGAUGAAAAUUCCAUACAAAUUUAGAAGUGAUAGAGAAAUUGUUUUAAAGUCAUUGAAAAGUUAUGGAAAAUCAAUCAUGUACAUUUCUAGUGAUGAAUUGAAAAAGGAAAUUUCACAAGAUCGAAAUAUUUUAUUGGAAUCCAUUCAAAGUUGUGAUGGUUUCAUAUUUUUAUUUGCAAGUAAUGAAUUACAACAAGAUGAAACAUUUAUUGAAGAAUGUAUUUCCAAAAAUGGAAUGGUUUUAAGAUUUUUAUCUGAAAAAUAUAGAAAUAAUAUAUCACUACUCAUGAAAGCAGUUGAAAAUAAUGAAAAUUCGUUGAAAUUUGCUUCCAAUAAUUUAUUAACAAAUAAGGAAUUGAUAUUACAUGCUGUGAAACAUUUUCCAAAUUCUUUAAAAUAUGCCAGUUAUGAAUUGAGGGACGAUAAAGAUAUAGUGAUGGAAGCUAUUCGAAUAGAUCCUAAAUCAAUCAAGCAUGCUUCUAUUGAAUUACAACAGACUUUACAAUAA